UCCUCAGCAUGCUGAGGACUCCGCAGCCCAAACCUCCGAUGACCUCUCCCAGGAUUUCAUGGAGAUGUUAGAUUGCACCAUUCUUGAUCCAGGUUGGGCCUUCCAUCCCUUUACAGAGAGAGAGAGAGAAAGAGAGAGAGACAUCUUGCGAUAAGGACGUUGCAGAAGGAAGCGUCUGCCGUUGACAUCUCUGCCCUCUGGCAAGUGAGACAGGCUGAGGAGGUGCUCUAUUUUUAGGGACAGACUCAUGUCUAUAUCGGUCCGUGUUCCUGCCAUCCAUGUGGGCCGAUUGCCAGUUCCUGGGGAGGCCGAGAGAAGCUUAUCUGAGCUCUGAGCAUGGAUCCCUGCGAGAAAAAAGCAUUCCGAGAAGACACUGAAGUGGACACAGUCCUGCAGGUUGGAGAAAAGCUUUUCCCUGUCAAGAGGUGGGCCCUGGCCUGCCACAGCCAGUACUUCGAGGCCAUGUUCUUCGGGGGCGCCAGGGAGAGUGCCCAGCGCCAUAUCCAGAUCCGAGGGGUUGAGACAGAGCCGUUCCAGGCCCUCCUGGACUUCAUCCGGACCGGCACCAUCCACAUAACACGCCACAACGUCACCUCUCUCCUGGAGACGGCUGACUUCCUCCUCUUCGAUGGAGCCAAGCAGCGCUGUGAGAAGUUCCUGGAGAGAGAGCUGCAUGUCUCCAACUGCCUCGCAUUCAUGGCCUACGCUGAGCAAUUUGCCUGCAAGGCGCUCCUUUCUGCCGCGGUCUCCGUCGCUGUCACCCACUGGGCGGAUGUGGUAGCCCAGGAGGAGUUUGAGGAGCUCCCCAAGGAGACGCUUUUGGGGCUUCUGCAGAGUGAUGAGCUAUUUGUCCCUCAAGAGGAUGUUGUCUUUGACGCUGUCCUGCGCUGGGUGACUGUAGAGCCAGAGGAAAGGGAACAAGACUUCCUGGAGCUGGUGGGCCUGGUGAGGGUGCCCUUCUUGAGCCUCUCCUUCCUUGACCGCCUGGUGGAACGCAGCAAGCGCCCCACACGGGAUGUCUCAGUCCGCCUCGUGAAGACAUUGGAGAGCUGCCCACCCCUCAGCUGGACUGGCGCGACACGGUCACCCUGCACUGGACGGAGCUAUGACAACCUCUACGUGUUGGCCGGGAAGCAUGACACGGAGCAGCAGCAGCUCUUCCAGUAUCACCCCAGGACAAGCACAUGGCACGCCUGCUCUCCACUCAGGCGCAGAAACUUCACGCAGUAUGCUGUGGCUGCUGCAGGCAACUUCCUCUUUGUGACCGGUGGAUACUUCCGGGAAGAGUUUUUCUGGUCCAGUGUGAACUGGGUCUUGAUCUACAACAGCUGGGAGGACACCUGGCUGGAGGGCCCGGCCAUGAAGAAGGCUCGGAACAACCACUGCGCCGUGGGGCUCGGCUUCCACCUGUACGUGAUGGGGGGGAGCACCGAGGAAGGCAUCACACCGGACGUGGAAUACUUGGCACCAACAGAUUCCGCAUGGGAGAAUGCCAAGCCCCUGGUGCAUCCUGUCGAACGGGCUGGGGCUGUUGGCAUUGGAAGACACAUCUAUGUGAUCUGCGGGCUGGAUGAAAAUGGGGACGUGUGUCAGGCGGUGCAACGGCUGGAUGUGGAGACCGGUAUUUGGGAAGUCGUUUCUUUCUCCCCGCUUCCUAGGUAUGACCUCUGUGUCACAACGCUGAAUGGGGCCAUCUAUACUGUGGGAGGGGGAACCUUUCGCUUUGACAUGGACACAAGCGAGUGGACACCCGUGGAAGAGGACUGCUUGACUGGCAAGUUCUUUAAGGGAUGCUGCACAGCGAAUGGCCGGAUUUACCUCCUGGCACAGAGAUACGGGAAUGGGGUCAUCCCAAAUAUGGUGAUCUUGGACCCCUAUCUUGACCUCUGCCAGGAAGUCAACAGCAAGCUCCCCUGCCCCCUCCCCAUUCAUGCAACCGUGUCCAUUCGGAGAUUUGACACAUGGGUCUGAGAGAGAGGCUGCCGAUGACCUUGUUCAGGCCCGAGAGCUUAAGAAAGUCCAGCUGUGGCAAACUUCUGCAGAAAGCUAUGCCUAUGCAUGCAACUUGGAAACUGGUCAGAGGAAAUGAUAAUGUUUCGGCUGCGUCUAGGUGUGUAUUGUAUUAGAAACAUAGAAACAGAGUGAGGCAGAAGGGGUCUCCUGGGUCUUCUAGUCUGACCACGGCUCCA